UUUUUCCUAUAUGAAUUCUCAUGUUUAUCUGACAAAGCACUAAAUACAUGAAAUGUUUGUAGAUUCAAACUAAGCUUUAGCUUCUCCUUCCUUCGUUGAACCAAAUUCCCCUCAAGCAAAAGAAGUAUUUGAUUUUUAAAAUGAUUACUUAGAAAAGAUAUUUCUUCCAUGAAGAAGUUAUAAGUCCAUCUAAGAAAGAUGAUAAGUCAACCGAAAAUUAUUCAAACAGGAAAAUCAGUUAAGAUUCUAUUUUCGAUUCGAAAGUAGAGAUGAAAUUAAGUAAUGCUUACAUCUUGACAGAUUAGCUAAUAAUUAAUUAUGUUUCGUAAACUUGUUAGAGCAAUAGAAUAAAGAUAAGGAUAAAGAAACUAUCAUUAAGUUGCAAUAAUAACUAUCUCAAUAAUCUUAAGUGAUUUUAAGUUUAUAAAGUAAAGUUAUCCAUUAUUUAGAUUAAAUAUAAAUUUUGAAAGACUCAAAUAAGAAAUAUUAAACCAAUAUUUCAGAACUUCUUAUUUAGAUUAGAAAGUUAGAGAAAGAAAAUCAAUUUUUCUAAGAUUAACUAUUAAAAAAUAGAUUAAGUUUAUAAGAUUAAAUCAAAUAGCAAUAAUAAAUAAGAAUAGAUAUGGAAAACACAAAAAUCUAAUUAUUAAAUAAGGAUUCGAUGAUUGAAUCUCUCCACAUGCAAUUAUCUACUUUUCGAUAAGAUUAAAACAAAAGUAGAAUUGGUAGAAGUCCCAAUAGAAUUGUUGAGUAAAUAGUCAAUUGUCAUCAUCCCUCAAUCUCUUAUGUCAAUUAUAGAAUUGCUCCUCAAAGAUCACAUUCUAGUAAUAUGAAGAAUUUUUGA